GUUUGCCAUUCGCCAUUCUAGUCGCUCCGAACUGUUCAUUUGGUUAGUUUUUCUGGGAACCAGCCUUUUGUGGGUAGAAACCAAAGCUUUUCCUACUUCGGAAGAAAAAAACGCUCUUCAAUUGUAUCUGGAUCAGCAAGAGCCCGAUAUAUUGAGAAGGCAGAACGAGCUCGCCGAAGCCAUCUGGAGGUACAGAACGAAUCUAACAGCGGAAAAUCGUGAGCUUUUGAUGAAAGCGCGAAUCUCGAAUAACAACUUCUUCAAGAAGGGUGCUCAGGUUCUGCUGAAAUUUGGUGAUUCCGUCGACUUGGGCUAUGCAGUACUGUCGGAGGAUAAAUUUUCUCUACUGAUGGGUGCGAUUUCAAACAUGACGGAAAACUAUGCCAAGGUGAAGGUGUGUGAAUACAGGAACUGUUCCAAGUGUGAUCUUUCGCUGGAACCGGAACUGACGGAAAUAUUCGCUAAAAGUCGCGAUCCGGAAGAGCUCAAGUAUUACUGGAUUCAGUGGCAUGACGCUGCUGGAACACCCACUCGGAAGGAUUACGACACAUACGUUUCUUUGAACCGCGAAGCUGCCCAGUUGAACAACUUUAGUUCGGGAGCAGAAGAAUGGUUAAGCGAUUACGGGGAUGAAACAUUUGAGGAGCAAAUCGAUUCCACGAUAAAACAAAUAAUGCCGUUAUACGAACAAAUUCAUGCUUAUGUUAGGUUCAAGCUGCGAGAAAAAUAUGGCAAUGAUGUGGUUUCGGAAAAAGGACCUAUUCCCACGCAUCUUUUAGGCAGCAUGUGGGCUGAUUUAUGGAACAAUAUUGCGGAUUUCACCACUCCGUACCCGGACAGUCAGCUACUAGAUGUAACUGAAGAAAUGAUUAAACAAAACUACAACCCAACACGAAUGUUCCAAAUAGGGGACGAGUUUUUCGUAUCAUUGAAUAUGACCAAAUUACCACAGACUUUCUGGGAGAAGAGCAUUUUGGAGAAACCAAACGAUGGCCGAGACCUCAUCUGUCACCCUGGUGCAAUGUAUUUUUACAAGAAAGACGAUGUGCGUAUCAAACAGUGCACCCGGGUGAAUAUGGAAGAUCUUUUCACUGCCCAUCAUGAACUUGGUCACAUUCAGUAUUUCUUGCAAUAUCAACAUCAACCAAGGAUUUAUCGCGAUAGCGCUAAUCCUGGUUUUCAUGAAGCAGUUGGUGAUGUUAUUGCUCUUUCGGUAUCAACUCCGAAACAUUUGGAGCGUAUAGGGCUACUGAAAAAUUUCAAAUUUGAUGAAAACGCUAAGAUCAAUCAAAUAUAUCGAUCUGCAUUGACCAAACUAGUGUUUCUUCCAUAUGCGUACACCAUCGACAAAUACCGUUAUGGAAUAUUCCGAGGCGAAAUCAAACCAGAAGAAGCCAACUGUAAAUUCUGGGAGCUACGCUCGGAAUUCUCUGGAAUUGAACCUCCCGUAAAUCGUUCAGAACAGGACUUUGAUGCUCCAGCAAAAUUUCACGUAUCAGCAGACACUGAAUAUCUUCGUUAUGUAGUGUCAUACAUUAUACAGUUCCAAUUCCACAGAUCGGCUUGUGAACUGGCCGGGGAAUACGUCAAAGGUGACCCAGAGAAGACAUUGAACAAUUGCGAUAUUUAUCAAAGUGCUGAAGCCGGAAAUGCUAUCAAAGCUAUGCUAUCGAUGGGUUCUUCCAAACCAUGGCCAGAUGCAAUGGAGGUGUUGACUGGUCAAAGGAAAAUGAGCACCGAUGCAUUGCUGGAGUACUUUAAUCCACUAUACGAGUGGCUAUUAAAGGAGAACAAGCGACUUGGUGCUUUCAUAGGCUGGGAGAAAUCAAAAAAAUGCAUAUCAACAUAAUCCAAUACUGAAAAUAAUGUGUUGAAAACUUAUUAUCUCUUUAACAAUCACAUCCCAUAUUACUCAACUAGCGCAUGGAGUGACGAAACAUCGACUAAGUUUAAUUAUUCCUCUGUGACUCA